CGCCAUAGUUCGAGCUCUCCUGCCGGGCAACUGGCGAACUGGCAGUUAUUCUCACGACAGUUCAACCUCCCGCUGUGGCGGGUACUGCCUGGCGCUGUCCCUUGGCAGGGGCUGGAGUGUGCAUUUUCUGGAACAGUGAAUUAUAUAAGAUCUCGUCCUCUUCUUUUUGGAUUGUAUACUGAAUUCUGCUGGAUUCACUGACAAGAAGAGUUUGAAUUAGCAGAGCCCUGAGAAUGGAGACACCUUUAGAAGAGACUGAUGAAGAAAGUACAGGAGGAGUUUCAUCUUUGGAAAUAGAAAUUUUCCUUGACCGCAGAACCCAACCAAGCUUUCCUUUUAGCAUUAUCUUGUCAACUCUUCUCUACUGUGGUGAGAUGGCCUCCGCUUUGUAUAUGUUUGUUAUUUAUAAGAAAGGUAACGACAUAUACUGGAUGUCAUUUACCAUCAGCCUUAUUAUUACGGGGGCAGUUUUUGAUCAAAUUACCCUGUUUUUUUUCAACAAAGACUUGAAGAGAGAGAAGGUUGUGUCACUUUUUUGGCACAUUCUUCUUUUAGGACCUAUAGCAAGGUGUUUGCAGACCACUAUACACUACCACAAAUUAUUGAAAUAUCUUACACUGGAGGCAGAAGAGAGUCGAGGUAGCAAACCAGAGAGAAACAAGAUACUGCAUAGGAAGAUUGUUUACUCAAGCCAGUAUAUUUUAAGGCAGGACAAUGCAUUCAAAUGCAUGACAGUUGUUCAGGCUUUUGUUUCUUCUGUUCCACAAUUAAUUUUUCAGAUAUAUGUCACUCUCACUAUACAAGAAUUGCCUUCAGGUAGAGGUAAGUUGAGUUAUUUGACGCUGAAAAUCAGGUAAACAAAGGUUGGGAGGGCAUAAUAAUAUAAAAGAAAUUGGUAAGUUAAAAUAUUUAAUCUGAAAUUACAGAUGCACUAAAUUUUUUAUAAGAUCAAAUUUCUAUGAAUUUAUUUGGUUAGCAGUGUGUAAAAGGAUGCCACUGGAACCUAUGGAAUUUAGUAUGCAUAGAAAUUAGCAUCAAUUUAUUUUAUUGACCCCGAAGAGGUAAAUUAAGCUUGAUAUAAUAUUGAGAUAUGAGGUGGUGGAAUAAGUUGUUAUCUAAAACAUAUAUUUAUUAUAAUUUGCCUUUUGUAAAUAGCAUUGAUUUUAAUUGAAAUGGAAACUGCUUGAAAAUUAGAAUGUGCCUAAGACUAUAAAAUUUUAUAAAAGUCACCAGGCAAAUAGUUCUGUAUCUUUUAUAUUAAAUUUUUACCUUAGAUACGGGGAAUUCAUAUGCAGGGUUGUUACAUGGAAAUAUUGGGAAAUGCUAUGGUUUGGAGUGUGGAUCUCAUCACCCAAACUAGUAAGCCUAGUACCCGAAAGGUAGGUUUUUUUUUUUAGCCCAUUUUGUCCUUCCCUGCACCCACUAUUGGUUCAGUGUCUGUUAUUCCUGUGCUUAUGUUCAUGUGUGCUGAAUAUUCAUGUGUGCUUAUGAGUGAAAAAAAUGCAGUAUUUGGCUUUCUCUUCUGCGUUGAUUUGCUUAGGAUAAUGACCUCCACCUGCAUUUACGUUGCUAAAAAUGACAACAUUUAUUUCUUUUGAAUUGCUGUGGAAUAUUCCACAUGCACAUACAUGGAAUACUAGACAACCAUACAAAAUAAAUCAAUCGUUUACUUUACCUGAUGUGCCACUGGUGGUCACCUGGGAUUCCAUGUCUUUGCCAUCAUGAAUAGUACAGAAAUGAACAUAUGACUGCAUGUGUCUUGGUAGUAGAAUCAUUGAUAUUCCUUUGGGUAUAUGCCUAGGGAUGGGAUUGGUGGGUUGAAAUAGUAGCUCUGUUUUAUGUUCUUUGAGAAACUUCCAGACUGCUUUCCACAAUGGCUGAUCUAACUUAUACUCCUACCAGCAAAAUAUAACAUUUUCUCAGCAUCCUCACCCAGCAUGUGUUGUUUUUUGAUUUUUUAAUAGUAGCCAUUUUUGCUGGUGUGGGAUAGUAACUUAUUGUGGUUUUGAUUUUCAUUUCUAUGAUAAUUACUGAUGCUAAAUUUUGUGUUUUGUUUGUCUGUCUUAGAUGGAGUUUCAUUCUUGUUGCCCAGGAUCUAGUAAAAUAG